ACACCCGGAAAACCACAACCACACCGACGACUACCACUACUUCAACGACGACAACAACCAAGACUACGACAACGACAACUACGACCACUACCACUACUACUACGACAACAACAACUACGACAACUACUACUACAACAACAACAACUACUACUACGACGACCACAACCACUACAACGACAACUACGACCACUACUACAACGACAAUUCCCACACUGUCUCCUG